AUGACACCUGUUGCGCAUUUGUUAUUGAAAUAUAUGCAUGGCUCCCACUCGCACUUCUCACCUGCACAAACCAACCCACUUCAUUUGAUUUUUUGCAGGUUUUCGAAGAAAAGAAAACCGGACAAAUAUCUUGCUCGUUUUUCUGCUGCAGUUCGCCGCAUCAUCUCAAGCAUAAAGGAGUAUAAAUUUUAUAUGAGGAUCUCAUUUUCAGCCUGCAAGCAAGCACUGCCCCUCCAGGUGAAUUUUCCCGGGGGGUUAAACAUGGAUCAAUUUAUUCCGGUACGACGCCGGAAGGACAAGGUGGUGAUAGUAAUGGGAGCCACCGGCACCGGAAAAUCAAGACUUUCGAUCGAUCUAGCCACCCGUUUCGAGGCCGAGAUUGUGAAUUCGGAUAAAAUGCAAGUUUACAAAGGCUUAAAUAUAGUAACUAAUAAAGUGACAGAAGAGGAAUGUAGGGGAAUCACUCACCAUUUGUUGGGAAUAGUGGAUCCUGAUGUGGACUUCGCAGCCGUCGAUUUCGUUCGUCGUGCCUCGACUGCUGUCGAUUCGAUUACGAGGAAAGGUAAGUUGCCGAUCAUUGCUGGAGGGUCUAAUUCUUACAUCAAGGCUUUGGUGAAUGAUGACAUGGAAUUCCAGUCCAAGUACGAAUGCUGUUUCCUAUGGGUCGACGUAUCAAUGCCCGUCCUUAACAAAUUUGUAUCCAAAAGAGUCGAACAAAUGGUGGACGCUAAUUUGAUUGACGAAGCAAGAGAAUUUUUCGACCCUGAAGGGAAUUAUACACGUGGGAUCAAACGUGCUAUUGGAGUACCAGAAUUGGAUGAAUUUUUUCGAAAUGAGUCAAUUCUUGACUAUGAAAUGAGGGCUAGGCUCCUUGAGGAUGCUAUUGAUAAAAUUAAGGCGAACACUUGCAAAUUGGCUUGUAACCAACUACAAAACAUACAAAACAUUUUUAGGCUUCGAAAUCAAUUGGAGUGGCGCAUGUAUCGUUUGGAUGCAACCGAAGCCUUCCUCAAAAGGGACUUGGAAUCAGUUGAAGCAUGGGAAAUGCGUGUAGCCAGGCCCGCCACCAGGAUUGUGGGCCGCUUUCUACACAAGAACGACGUGGAUUUCAUGUCAGCAAUUCCCGUGCCACGUCGACUCCAUCAAAUCAUUAAAACGGCUCAAGCCAUUUUAAAUUAA